AACGUAGGUCAUAUUAAUCGAUCUAUUUGUAUCAUUUAAACAUGGCUUACAACUAGUCGAGACGAUGACGAAGAGGGCAAAAAUAAUUACUUCAGUAGUCCCCCGGAGUUGAAGUCCCGGAGCCCAGCAACGCCACACACGUGGCGCAAAUGCAGCUGAUAAACAGAAUGCCACGUGUCAUGCCUAAAACCACAGCCUGCAGACCCAUGGCAAAAUCUCGCAUUAUCCACAGGCUGUAUUAAGCUUAAUCAGUUCAAUUUCCAUGGAGUGGAGCUCUGAGUGAAGCCCUUCGUUCACCUGCCUCCACAAAGUUCCUACUACCAGAUGCCCUUCGGUCCUUUUCGGUUUCUUGUUGCCCCUCAUUCACCCUUUUCCCAAUUCUCUUCGACCUAGCUGCACUUUCGGAGCUCCUCUAAUGGCGUUGCCUCAGAUUUUGCAUUCUCCAGCUUCGUCUUCUUCAUCUUCUUCCUUAAUUUCGCCCAAAUCCCACUUAAAUCCGGCCAACUGUGUUAAACCCGCCGGAAACUGCUUCCCAACUGCCCGCGGCCGCCACCAGCGGCGGCGGAGCCCUAAUUCAUUGUGCUGCUCCGCGUCGUCGUUCUCCGAGAAGCACCACGCGAAUUCGCCCAAAUCGGACGACGUCGUGGAGCUCCCUCUCUUCCCUCUCCCGCUCGUACUCUUCCCCGGCGCAAUUCUCCCCCUUCAGAUUUUCGAAUUCCGGUACCGGAUGAUGAUGCACACCCUCCUCCAGACCGAUCUCCGGUUCGGUGUCAUCUACGCCGACGCGGCGACCGGAACUGCCGACGUCGGCUGCGUCGGCGAGGUCGUCAAGCACGAACGCCUCGUCGACGACCGUUUCUUCCUGAUCUGCAAGGGGCAGGAGCGUUUCCGCGUGACGAGAAUCGUCCGUACCAAACCCUACCUGGUGGCGGAGGUGAACUGGCUGGAGGACCGGCCGUCCGGCGGCGAGGUGGAGGAUCUGGACGCGCUGGCGAACGAGGUUGAAUUGUACAUGAAGGAUGUGAUCCGGCUGUCGAACCGGCUGAACGGGAAGCCAGAGAAGGAGGUCCAGGACCUUCGCCGGAACCUGUUUCCGACGCCGUUCUCCUUCUUCGUCGGGAGCACUUUUGAAGGGGCGCCCAGAGAGCAGCAGGCAUUGCUGGAGCUGGAGGACACUGCACUGAGAUUGAAGAGGGAAAAGGAAACCUUAAAGAACACACUAAAUUACUUGACGGCUGCAUCUGCAGUGAAGGAUGUGUUUCCAUCUUCAUAGCAAAGCCUGCGGAGAAGACAGACACAGACAAGAUAGGUAUUGUUUGUUUGGUUAAUGAAAAUGAUGAUGUAUAAAACUUGGUAUAGUUGCAAGAUAAUACACAGCAUGAUAAUUUUGAUGCCUAAUGGAUAAAUCUCUUAAAUAAGAUUGGAUGAUCAUGCCAAAUAGCUGCUGCUUUAAGAUUCAAGGGUUUUGCUAUGAUAUGCUUAGCUAGAGAUUGACUGAAUAUUUGGAUUAAUAUGCUGCUAAAAUUUCUAUUAAAUAUGGUUUUGCAA